CAUUUUACAGAUGUGUCAAGUUAACGUAGCCCAAAGCGGCACCACCGUCCACCGCGCCUUUUUCUCUCUCUCCCCGUAUCAAAGCGGCACCACCGUCCACCGCGCCUUUUUCUCUCUCUCCCCGUAUCGUCUUCUUCUUCGUCUCUACAAACACAUUACGAAUAACACACAGUAAACACACAAAUUGACAAUACUAACCUCAAGUAUUUCAGAUAAUCCCUUCACCAUUUUUUCCGUAACCAACCUCCUUAACCCCCUCUCACUCUCUCACUCUGCACUUAAUCGGUGAACAAUGGCGACUUUUUCAUUGCGCCGUAUUUUACAUCAAUUCGAUAAGCACAUACUAAAGAAACAUGAAUCAUAUGGAAUGCUCGUAUAUGGCGCUCUUACCAGGUAUCGGUCACUAUCGUCAAAGUCUGAAAGCAAAGGUUCGUGUGAUAUGUCUAAGAGGCCCGAGCUCAUUGAUAGGACAGACUUUGAUCGCGCAGUUGGAAAGUACAGCUCUGAUGAUGAUGAAGUGAAUGAUAGUAAGCGGAAGGUGGAACUUGCAUGGCUUACAAAGGCACUUGAACCUGCACUACAGCUUUGUAGGUGGGCUUUCCCAGGAAAUGGUUCUGAAAGCAAGAUUCCACCUAGUAGUCAUUCAAUUGCUGAAAUUAUUGCCAGUAUCCAGAGAAGUAAGACUGGAAUACAAGACUGGAGCCUUGCUGAUCUCACAAUUGGACUGUACCUUAUGUAUCUUCGUCAAGCAUCUGCAACUCCACAUGAAGAUGUCAAGGGUGCUCAAAUCACCUCCGAAUCCGUGGUAGAAGACCUUAUAUAUCACUUGGAAUUAGCUAGAGGAUCGUAUAGGGACACACCUGCAGGCCUCGCCAGAUUAAGCAUGCUUCGAGAAAGUAAUAUCCUGAAAUUUAUCAGGAAUUCCAGCGUGAUGAGACCUGGCUAUUACAUCGGUAUCGAUCCGCGCAGAAAACUUGUAAUUCUUGGCAUUCGUGGAACUCAUACAGUAUAUGACCUUGUAACUGAUAUUGUGUCAACAAGUGAUGGAGAUGUCACCUUCGAAGGCUACUCAACCCACUUUGGUACUGCUGAAGCUGCUCGCUGGUUUCUGAAUCAUGAAAUGGGAACGAUAAAGAAGUGCUUGCAUAAACACGAGGGUUAUAGGUUGCGGUUGGUGGGGCAUUCUCUUGGAGCUUCUACAGCUUCUUUAUUGGCAAUGAUGCUUCGUAAAAAAUCAGCCACAGAACUAGGAUUUGAUCCCAGUACUGUAACUGCUGUUGGGAUUGCUCCUCCUCCUUGUGUGUCCAAAGAGCUUGCUGAAAGCUGCCGUGACUAUGUCAGCACUGUUGUCAUGCAGGAUGACAUUGUUCCUCGGUUGAGUGUCGCUUCUUUGGCAAGGCUGAGAAAUGAAAUAAUUCAAACCGACUUGAUGAGUGUUUUGGAGAAGGAAGAUUGGAAAAGUGCUAUGGAACUCCUCAUGAAUGCAAAACUGGUCAUGUCUUCAGUACAAGAUGUAGCUCGGAAAGUGGCUGAUUAUGCAAAUUUUAGAAGCAAAACCAACCACUCUGGUAUAUUAACAAGCAAGGAUUCACUUGCCGGGACAGAUAAUCCCCCAAUCUCCAAGCCAACUGCUGUUAUCAGAACUAAACAACAAAAUCCCGCUUUGGUUCAGCAUGAAGAGUUGUUUGUUCCUGGCACCGUAUACUAUCUAAAGAGAAAUCCCGAUACCCAAACCAGUAUCAGCAACAAUGGAAGCAAAGCGAAGGAGUUCUUCACACUCUGGAAAUGGCCGCCUGGGCAGCAUUUCCAGAAAAUAUUACUGUCGAGCAACGUAAUUUCAGAUCACAAAUGCGAAAGCCAUUAUAAUGCUCUCAGAGAUGUCAUCAAAGGCUUGCCUAUAUCAUCUAGUGAUGAUUUUAUUUUUUGAUGACUAAAAAUGUUGUGUAAUAUUGAGUUCAUACGUUUUUGUAAAUAAUUGUAGAAGUUGUAUAAUUAAGAUCCAGUAAUUUUUACUUAACAGGAAAUUAUCCUAGUUGGUGGUCGGUUUUUUUUUUUUCAAUUUUGGCCGCCUAGUUAAGAUACGAUUCUGGAUGUUAUUCAGGUGUAAGAAUAAUGCUGUUGUGGAAGAUUUUUUUUUUUUUUUUCAUUUUGAAUUUAAUGAAAAUGACUUUAUAGGGGUAA